CUAACAAUGGUGACCAAUUAUGUCUUGAUGUUGAAUUGGAGAAAUUUUUUCGUCUUUUAAGACUUAAGGCUCAUUUUGCACAGGAAACGUCGGACAAUAAUAUGCCACCAUUGGGGAAAAAUAAUGAUGAUGAUGAUGACACACAGGAAACAGAGGAUAUGCAAACAGAAUCUUGGUAUGACACGACCAAAUGUAGACCAAAAAGUAAGUUUUUUCCCCCAAUGACUAAUCACUGCGUUGAGACAUUUGUAAAGGCAGUAGAAAGGGACAUUGGAAAACUAGAAUGGUCAAAAAGACAUAGUAAAACCCUAAAUCUAUCUAGGGAGGAACGCGUGGCUUUGCAGACUUUGAAAGAUGAUACUUCCAUCAUCAUUAAGCCAGCCGACAAAGGUGGCGCUAUAGUGGUCAUGGACAUGGAAACAUACAGGGGGGAGGCACUCUCUCAGUUACAAGACACAACGCAUUACAGGAUAUUAGGUGGGGAUCCGACAAAUGAUUUGAAACAGAUGAUAGAUAAUCUAUUAAAGAUCAGUGAAGAAGCUGGUAUCAUUACAAACCGUUUAAAAAAUUUUUUGCAGGUUGAUAACCCCAUAAUACCUGUCUUUUAUCUUUUACCAAAGAUACACAAAAAUCUGCAGAGACCACCAGGGAGACCCAUUGUGGCAGGAAUGUCGUCUGUAUUUCAACCUAUAGCAGUCAUGUUGGACACUGUCCUCAAUCCUAUAGUGGUAUGUACUAAGUCCUAUGUUAAGGACACUACUGAUUUAAUUAAUAAGCUAAAUGAGAUUGAAUUGAACACAAAAGAUGUAUUUCUUUGCACAAUGGACGUCUCCUCCCUCUAUACCUCUAUCCCCCAUGAUCAGGGAAUCGAGGUUAUCACAGCAGCAAUGACAGAUCUUGGAUUACCAGGGGGAGUGGUGGAUUUACUUCUACAACUUCUGGGAUGGAUCCUGAAAAGGAAUUAUUUCCUCUUUGAAGGUAAAUUCUAUGAACAAAGCCAAGGCACAUCAAUGGGUUCUAAUGUUGCUCCUGCAUAUGCAAAUUUAUACAUGGCACACUUUGAAGACAAUUUUGUCUAUAAUAAUCAGGAGUUUUGGCCCUUAAUAUUGAUGUGGCUUCGCUAUAUAGACAAUCUAUUCUUUGUCUGGCAAGGGACAGAGGAAUCACUAAAACUAUUUGUAGAUCACCUCAAUUCCAGGAUUCCAACCAUAAAAUUCACUUUGGAGUAUGAUAGAAAUCAGAUACACUUUCUAGACGUGACAGUCAGGCUACAAGAUGGGAAGUUCUCCACUGAUAUAUAUAGGAAACCGACUGACAGAAUCACUUAUCUAAAUCCACACAGUUUUCACCCACCCUCUACAAUCAAAGGGCUACCAUAUAGCCAAAUGUUACGAACAAGACGCAUUGUAAGUGAAGAUGACAAAUUUGAAGAGAGAGCAGAAGAAAUGAUGACCCACUUUGAGAGUAGAGGCUAUGGGACAGAUAUGUUGGAAACAGCCAGGGAGAAAGUAAAAGGUACAUCGAGAACGACCCUAUUAUCCAAAAAAGCAAAGAAAAAAUCAGACAGAUUACCCUUUGUCACUACAUACUCAAGACAAUCAGGUAGGGUAAAAAAGAUAAUAUAUCGACACUGGCAUUUAUUACAGAUGGACCAGAGGUUAAAACCAUGGGUGGCGGAACCUCCAAUGAUGGCCUAUAAAAGAUCAAGCAACCUGAGGGACCAUCUGGUCCAUGCGUUAAUUGAACCACAAAAGAAGCAAGAUCAUAUAAGAAAUGAGUGAUGGAUUAUCCAUUGAAUUUUUGUGUCCUCCUAUUAACCUCACCAAAGGUUUUUUUUU